AGACGAGCAAAAAAGGUCCAGCGACCGGGCGACUGGUGUUGCUUGGCGGACUGAGGAGAUUGGCGAUGCCCAGCAGAUCCUUCAGCCUGGAGACCGUGAAUCGUCGGCGGGAGGAAUGCGAGAGGAAGGCGCGUAGGGGCGAGAUGGACCCCAGGUUGGAGUACACCUUUCAGCUGCUCAUCGAUGGCACCGGACUGAGCAGGCACGAGAUUAUGGACCACGUGUUCGAGGGAAACAUGCUGGACGAAAUUAACCAACUGUUCAUUCCCCACGCGAAAACGAAACUGAUGUGGUUCUACCAGGACAUGGAGGAGGAGGUCGAGGUGCCGGUUGAUGUUAACAAACCCGGUACCAGUCGCACCCUGCAGACGAGCGUUAGUCGCACGCAUAACACGGUGACGAAGAAGAAACUCUUCCUCACGGACGGCUGGGAGUAUCCUCUUACCGGAAUUUGCAUUUACAUCUUUCGAAUUAACACAACGAAACAGCUCCCAGAGGAAGGCUUCCACAAGGACCUGUACUGUGGCGUAAUCGACGCGGAGAGAAUCGGACUGGUAACCGCGGUCGAACGCAUUAUUCGACACGUUUUCAUGGAGGCGCUCGCCUUUCCCAUUUCAGUUUGCGAGGAGGUCUGCGGCAAACCGAAUAUCUUCGACGACGGCAGAACGCUCGUGUCGGGCCUGAACGUGGAGCAACUGAAGGAGCUGGCGAAACAACCUGACGAAGUGGAGUUUUUGCAGAACAGGGUGAAGAAUUGGAUGAAGUACCUUUCGGACACCCUUAAGGAGAGCGACCAGAUUCGUAGGGAGAAUGACUCCUCAGGCCCUCAAGACGAACUGGAAUACUGGAAGAAACGUGGCGCCACAUUCUCGCAGAUCGUCAACCAACUCCAAGUGCAGGAGGUGCAAUUUACCAUCAUGUGCCUCCAGUUCGCGCGCUCCAAGGUAAUGAAGGAGUGGCGCGAGACCGACCAGAAAAUCACCUUUUGUUACAACGAGGCCAAGGACAACGCAAAGUUCAUACAGGCCCUCGAAAAGAACUGCCACUCCCUUUACCUGGACGAUCCCGUUAAAAUGAAAGACUCAAUAUUGGGCCUACUGCAAACCGUACGAUUAAUCCACAGCGUCUCCCAAUUCUACAACACCUCCGAGCGAACCUCGGCCCUCAUGGUGAAGAUCACAAACCAGAUGAUCGAGACGUGCAAGGAGUACGUGACCUGCAGAGGUAACGAGACGAUCUGGUCGCAAGACAGGGCCCUCGUCAAAGAGAAACUGACCCAGUGUAUCGUGCUGAAUCAGAUCUACAGGCGCACGUACCACACCGUCAAAAGCCAACCCUUCAUUCCCGACCAGAUGCCCUUUAACUUCUCCGAAAACUACGUCUUCGGCAAGUUCAACGCGUUUUGCAACCGCCUGGGAAAGAUCAUCGCAAUGUUCGACAUCAUCGACGACUUCAGCGAGCUUUUCAAGAAGCGCAUGGAAGGCCUUUUGCUGGGCGAAACUCUAGACGAGGCGGUUUUGAGCUUCAACGAGGCCGAAGGGAUAAUCGUCAACAAGCCCUACGACUACUUGGACCAGCGAAACGCCGAGUUCGACAACGACUUUCAAUCGUUCCUGGCGCGUCUCGAGGACCUGAAGAAGGAGAUCGCGAACAUCAUCGAGCUCAACUACGAGAACGUAUGGGAGACGCCUCAGGGCAUCAAGUUCCUCUCCAAAUUCGAGAAGGUCAAGGAGAAGAUUCCGCUAACGAACAUGGACAACAAGUACGAGCGCAUACUGAAGUACUGCGAGAAGGAGGUGAGCCGUAUCGUUACAAUGUACAAGAAGGAGAAGGACGAUCCGCCGGUGUGUCGGAUGUUUCCGCCGAUUGCGGGGCGAAUUAAGUGGGCGAGAUCCUUGGUGUAUCAUCUGUCGGAACUUAUGGAAAACGUGACCGACCAUCCGAUUUUGAAAACGCUACCAGCCGCCGUCGAGCUCACUAAGAGGUACAAAAAUGCGGAGGCCAUGUUGAAGGGCUACGAGAAAGAUAUGGUUGAGAUAUGGAUGUCGCAGCAUGUCAAGUUGACAAUCUUUCUGAGUCAGCUCGACGACGGCCUGGACGUCUUUCGCCGUCGGGAAUUCGCGCUCGAUGAUUCUCCCUCCUUGACGCCCAGCGUGGCUGUGGCAUUGCUCGUCGGACUGAAGUAUUUCGUCAGAGCCCCCGUAAUGGCCGCGUUUCUUCCGGAUAUGGUCCCCCGCACGCAGCUCGCCCUUCCCAGAAUCGUGUACGGCACAAGAAACGGAAAGCCGAUUUGUAGAGCAAAUGGUGAAGGUGAGUUCGGGCACAAAAAUAGCCCAUUCUUCAUUGCCGUAAGCACGACAGAAUUCGGUACGGCACAAACACGUGACCGAUGUAGGAGCGAGGUGAAGGAAUAUCGUGACGGCACAAAGAAUACGGCGUUACCUAUUUGUCCGGAGGAAUUUCGUUGUAUCUGGCACACAGCGAACGGACCGAUUGUAGAGCGAGGUGAAGGAGCAAUUCGUGUUACGGCACAUAGGGAACGGACGAUUUGUAGACAGCUGUACGUGAAGGAAUUCGUGUACGGCGACAGAGUACACGUGACCGAUUGUAAGAAGCGAGUCGUGUAG